AUGGAGUCAUCUCUAGAAGCAGUUAACUUCGGAAAAUCGAUAAUUGUACCUAGCGUUCAAGAGAUGGCCAAAGAGUCUAUGGCCAAGAUCCCACCUCGGUAUGAAAGACCUGAUCAAGAUCCUCCAACGAUCUCAACUGAUGCGUCAAUAAUACUUUCAUCGAUCCCUGUUAUCGAUCUUGAAAGAUUGGCAAUAGAAGGUUCCACGGAUUCUGAGCUGGACACCUUGCAUUCUGCUUGCAGAGAAUGGGGUUUCUUCCAGUUAGUCAGCAGUACGUUGCUGGAAGAAUUCAAGAUACAAGUUCAGAAUUUCUUCGAACUUCCAUAUGAAGACAAGAAGAAGCUGUGGCAGCAACCAGACAAUCACGAGGGAUUUGGGCAGCUCUUUGUGAUAUCGGAGGAGCAGAAGCUAGACUGGUCAGAUAUGUUCUAUGUAACAACCCUUCCUCUUUAUCUUAGAAUGAAUGAACUUUUUGACAAACUCCCUUCAAAGCUCAGAGAGACUCUAGAAACUUACUCUACAGAAGUUAAAAAGCUAGCUAUUGAAAUUUUGGGUCACAUGGCAAAAGGUUUAAAGAUGGAGGGUGAGGAAAUGAAAGAGAUGUUCAGUGAUGGAGUUCAAUCGAUUAGAAUGAAUUACUAUCCUCCAUGUCCUGAACCAGAUAAGACUAUUGGGUUCAGUCCUCAUUCUGAUGCUGAUGCUUUAACAAUUGUCUUUCAGCUCAAUGAUACUGAAGGGCUAGAAAUUAGAAAAGAAGGGAAAUGGAUUCCUGUUAAACCACUUCCAAAUGCUUUUGUUGUCAAUAUUGGUGACAUUACAGAGAUAAUAAGCAAUGGCGUUUAUCGGAGUAUUCAGCAUAGGGCAACGGUGAAUUCAGCAAAGGAUAGACUCUCUGUUGCCACAUUCUACAGUCCCAAGCUAGACUCUGUCUUGGGCCCUGCUCCCAGUCUUCUUGGCAAGCGUAGUCCUGCAAUCUUCCAGAGCGUCUCUGCAGAGAGGUACUUCAAGGACUUUUUUGCUAAAAAACUGAAUGGCAAGUCAUACCUUGACUGCUUGAGAAUAGCAGAUGGAGAAGACAACACUGCUCUGCACCCAUAUAGUAAAGAGAGUUGA